CAUGAAAAGCCAAGAGAAGCUGUGUCUGCUGGUGUAUUCUGUUUUUUUUUUUUAUAAAAGAGAGGGAGUUUUCUCAUUUCUUGUGCUUCUGUAGCUGGCAUUAGCUCCUCGAAGGAGGGGAGGGAGAGACAGAAAGAGAGCAUGCAUGGGGCGGGCCCAGUGAUUUGGGAUUUCUGCCUCUUUCUCUCGAGUGGAUUGUCAGAGUAGCUACCUCGCUGCCAAAGAGAAGGAGAGAGAGGGAUCAGAGGAAGGAGAAGAGUGCCCAGAAAAGAAAAUACGUGGAAGAGAGAUCAAAAGAGGGAGAGUAAGGAGCACACAGCUCAGAAUAGGAAAGAAGACAAGGGAGGAGAGAAAUCAAAAUACAGGAACAGCAGCAGUGUGUGUCAUCCACUGUGGAGGAGCACUGGAAGCACGCUGACUCUGUGUGAGUGAGGCUACUGUGCUCUGGGGUGAAGGAUAUCGCAUGAUUCAGGUUUUUGGGGUGCAUGUGUUCAGCCAUGUUGACACUGGGACCUCUGCUCCUCUUGGUCCAUUUGGGGUGCAUUCUGAUAGGAGCCUGGAGACCUUCACAACCACGCCUGCAAUUCACCCACAAAGAACUUGUGCAGAAUGGGCGUCUGCUGGCCCUGCCCAUCCCUGCCGGGGAUUUGUACGCUCUGCUACCAGAUGAAGACACUCGGCGUCUCUAUGGUGCCAUGAAGGACCAGCUGCUGGUUACCAGCCUGGAUGACAUCACGCAUUCCCCACGCCAGCUCUACUGGCCGGCCAGCCCAGACAGGAUCCAAGAGUGUCUGAUGGCUGGUAAAGAUCCUGAAUAUGAGUGUGCGAACUUCCUGCGGGUGCUGGAGCUCUAUAACCACACCCACCUGUAUAUCUGUGGCACAGGGGCCUUCAACCCUCGCUGUGCGUUCAUCCCUACCACAGUCUUCCUCGAGGGUGAAAGGCAGGUCUUGUUGCCAGAGCAGACAGAUUGUGGGAAGGGAAAGUGCCCAUAUGAUCCCCACCAGAGGACAGCUACAGCCGUUAUUGAUGGAGAACUAUAUUCUGGCAUUUCUUCUGAUUUCAUGAGUCGAGAUUCAGCUUUUUUCCGCAGCCUGGGUACCCGUCAUGUCAUUCGCUCUGAGCAAUACGACUCCACCUGGCUUCAGGAUGCCCAGUUUAUAAAGGUGGCCUCAGUGGCAGAGAGUGACAACCCGGAGGAUGAUAAGGUGUACAUAUUCUUCACUGAGCAUGCUCAGGAAGCAGAAGGGGCUGCUGGGAAAGUGAUAUACUCCAGAGUUGCCCGUGUCUGCAAGAAUGAUAUUGGAGGACAGCGGAGUCUAGUGAAUAAGUGGAGUACCUUCCUGAAGGCCCGCAUGGUGUGCUCCAUUCCUGGGGCUGAUGGCGUUCACACUCACUUUGACCAGCUGCAGGACAUCUUCAUCCUGCAUGGGAAGGACAAGACCAAUCCACUCAUCUAUGGCCUCUUCACAACAUCAAGUGAUGUGCUGAACGGUUCUGCGGUUUGCGUGUAUCGGAUGCAGGAUGUGGCCAGGGUCUUCAAAGGCCACUUUGCUCACAAGGAGGGUCCAGAGUACAAGUGGGCGGAGUUUACGGGCAGGGUGCCCUUCCCCCGUCCUGGCACAUGUCCAAGUCGCACAUAUGGCAACUACCGCUCCACUCGUGAGUAUCCUGAUGAUGUCAUCUUCUUCAGCCGAACCCAUCCGCUUAUGAUGGAGGCAGUUUACCCUGUGGGAGAGCGCCCUCUGCUGGUCCGGGUGGGGGUACAAUACAAGUUCUCUCGGCUGCUAGUAGACCGGGUCGAGGCUGUGGAUGGCCAGUACGACGUCAUGUUCAUCGGCACAGACUCAGGGCUGGUGCUGAAGUCUAUCCACCUCCCCAAGCAGUCUGGUGAUGGCAGUGAGGUCACUCUGGAGCAGCUCCAGGUGUUUGAGGGCAGGUCUGCUAUCACUGCGAUGACUCUAUCAAAGAAAAGGUGGCUGUUUGUGGGCUCUAAGGAGGGUGUGGCCCAGCUGGCUCUGUUCCAGUGUGAGCUGUAUGGCCAGGCCUGUGCUGAGUGCUGUCUUGCCCGGGACCCAUACUGCACUUGGGAUGGCCAUGCCUGUAGCCCCUUCAUUCCCAUUGCACGCAGGAGGAAUGCUCGUCAAGUUGGUGAUGGUGGAGACCCACUGACCCAAUGUGUAAAACAAGGAGCUGGUUUGCAGGUGGAGGCAGAGGAGAAGGUGAUGGUGGUUGCCGAGGGAAACAGCACAUAUCUAGAGUGCCUACCCAAGUCGCAACAUGCAGCCAUUACUUGGUUCAGAGAAGAGAGGGGGGGUAGUCACAAGCUGCACCAGGUGAAGUCAGGAGAGCAGCUGGUGGUGAUUGACAGGGGCGUUCUGAUUCGGCGGGCGGAGCCAGGGCACUCGGGGACGUACCACUGUCAGUUGGAGGAGCACGGGUUCAGCUGGACCGCCGUGACGGUGCAGCUGAGAGUGCUGAGCUCCAGCUCAGGGAGCUCAUGGUCAAUGGCCGAUCAGCAGCACUGUGAGCAGCAGGGCCGUCGCCGCUAUAGAAACAAGAAUCGCAAGAGAAUGGAUGGAGCUGAAAACAAUAGCCAGGGGCACAGGAGACCAGGAGGAGGCAUCAGAGGAGGAGGAGGAGAAGAAGGAGGAGCAGCAAAAGUGGAAAGAGGAGGAGGAGGGAGGAAAAGCAGAAGCAAACCACAGCCCCUAGCCCAGAGGUCCCCACGAAGCAUCUAGAAAAACAGGCACGGACACAUACACACAAACUCAUAAAAACAGAUCCACAACACACACACACACAUAUACACACACAUUCACACAAAUAGUGGAGGACAGAAUAUAUUCUGAGGACAGUAUAUGUGUUCUGACUUGUCUCUGUAGAGCAUAAAGAUGGAUUGGGUCUGAAGAUAUUUGUACCCAAAGUACUGUGCAUCUGCAUGCAUGUGUGUGGGGGUCUAGUGUGUCUGCAGUGAAGAACUGGGGUUUUAUCUCAGUAUCUGGAUAAGUGUCUGAAUCCCGUGGUGUAUAUCUGAAGGACUCUGUAGAUUGGUCCAGUAAAUUCCAGGAUAUUUCCCUGAUAGAAUGGAAUUCUUUAAAGGAUUUAUCUUAAAAUUAGAAUAUAUGAAGCUAAUUUCUUAUGUGUUAAAAAACAAAUACAAGAACACCAGUUCCUCGUGUGACGGCCAAUUUGGUAGCAUUUUCCCCCCUUAUUUCAAGGUCAUUGUAUAUAGUUUUAACGGUAAUGGUUUCUCAAACAUCGACUAUACUGAAACAAAAAAAAUCCCAUCAAUAAAAAAGUGGACAUUAUACCGUACAAUUAUGUGAAUUGUACUGAUGCUUCACUUUGUUUUGAUACACAAUGAUUUAAAAAAAUAAAAAUACAGGUAGAAUAUUCACUACAGAGCGCUGGGUCCACCCACAGAACAGGGACCCAUAGGACUAUCAGAGCAUUUGUGAAUUUACAUAGAUUAACAGGUAACACUCCACAAGCCAAUCCCCAUCAAACAAUAACAAUAUAGAUACAUAUUUUGUGUUGUUUAGUUGUUUUUAAGGGGAGGGUUCAUUUUUAAUUUAGGUAAAAUUACAAACACUUCUGGUUCUUUUGUGUAUAAAAGGUCUGGGGCUGGACAGUAAGUGAAGGUGAGCAUAAACUAGCUACACUACCUGGCUGAAAGUAUCUGGACACCUGGCAUCCAACCUCUUAUCCAAAAUUAUGGGCAUCAAUAUGGAGUUGGCCCAACCUUUGCUGCUAUAACAACCCUCACUCUUCUGGGAAGGCUUUAUACCAGAUGUUGGAUCAUUGCUGCAGGAAUUUGCUUCUAUCCAGCCAGAAGAGCAUUUGUAAGGUCGGGCAUUGACUCGGCGAUUAGGCCUAGCUGUAUUGACCAGUCGUGUUCUUCCACACUGUUUUCAACAAAACCAUUUCUACAUGUGUCCCUGGGGGCUUUGUCAUGCUGAAACAGGAAAGGGCCUUCCCCAGACUGUUGGGGAAGCACAAAAUUUUCUAGAAUGUGAUUCUAUGCUGUAGCAUUAAGAUCUGCCUUCACUAGAACUAAGGGGCCUAGCCCAAACCAUGAAAAACAGCCCCAGACCAAGGUGUGUCCAGAUACUUUUGGUCAUACAGUGAAAUUUAUUUGUAAUGGCUAACUGUCUGUCCACAAAUGUGUGACUGGAGGCCCUAUUUUAAGAUUGUUGCAUGAAAGUAAACAAAUUUGUAUCAAGUGAUGUUAGCAGGAAAACUCUUUGAACAAUCCUCUAUGAGCAAAUGCAAUUAAAAACCAUGUUUACACUUUGAAACUUUUGAUUAAUAUGAGUAAUCCUUUAAUGUCAAACGAUUAAAAUUAAAUUUAGCACAUUUAUUUUAUUUAAAUAUAUCAAUUUGGCUCAAGAACAGGAGUUCCUAUGUUGUCCCUUUUCAAAUAAUUGUUAUUUGGUGACCUCUGUUGACUUCACCCAAUCAAAUCUUGACAGGCAUUUUACUGAACAGAAAGUCCUGUGUUCAUGCUGAAUGGGAAUCAUUAUCAUAAUGAGAAAUACAGUUAUGCAUUCUUAAUUUAGUACACUAGUUAUUUGGCUUGACAAGUGUAAAGUGUGUAAGGUUUCGGCAACGGUAAAUAUUUGGGUUCAUGCGGAUAAGGUAUUGGGUUUGCUAGCUAGCUAUGUAUGGGAUAUGUAUGGUCUUUGUACAGCUGAUUUAAUGUGUACGAUGAUGUGUGUUUCUGCAUGUAUGUCUGUGUUUGUGUGAUAACAAAUUGUGUAUAUAUUUAUUCACCAGCUCACAGAAAUAUACUUAUACUUUCUUUGGAGACAAUCAAUUCAAGUUUUUAUUUCAGUAGAUGUAUGUUCCAUUAAGAAUAUUAUUUCAAAGGGUACAGAGACAAAGUGCAUUUCCAUGCAUCUCAAUAUACAACAAAUCUGUGCAUGCUCAGCACUCAGUGGGUAUUCAAGGUAUUCUUUUGUCAUCCCAUUGUAUUUUUCUAGCUCUGCACUUCUAAUAGCUGGUAUUUCUAUGUGAAAAAAGUGGAAAUGAAGGAGAAAAUGAAAUACGCAAAGUUAAUUUUGAAAUUCAAUUCAAAAAAAUGUCCUUUGUCGUGAUAUUAAAAUAAUAAUAUUGCAUUUUUAUUGUUUUAUAAAAUCUGUCUUGGAGAUUCUGCUGUGUCUUGAAAGAGCAAUAAAGCUACACACAGUGGGAUUUUCCCACACAUGUACUAGGAGCCAGCCCUGAGUAAAGUUACACAUGUUCAAUGAGAUACAUGCUGUGGCCCUCCACAUACAAAGCUUCCCCAACUGACCCCAGAUGGCCAGGAUAAAUCAUUUCAAAGUCAUCCUCAGUUCAUAUUCACAUACAGUAUGUUUUUAAAUUACUUGUAGAAUUGGAUGCAUGAAGUAUGUCUUCUUAUGUAUUUAAUUUUGUAUGUCACAUUGUACAUUGAAAUGUUGUUUAACUUGUUUGUUUUAUACAGUGCUUUUGAAAAAGAAAAUAAAUCAUUUUGAAUUAAUUUAA